AUGGUCGGCACACUAGCAAGAGGACGAUUGGCACGGCGUUGCCUUAGCGUAGGCACCAGCUUCGCUCCGCCCGGCCGACGAAGCUGUGCUGGCAUCUGCUGCACAACGCCUCUAUCUGCGAAGCUGGCUGGCCGAAGCAUCACGACAUCCUCGAUAGCGCGCAACGACUCCCAAGUGUUCCAGGAUGGUCCCUUCGACCCGUACAACGCUAUAGUAGCCGAAAUUGGGCCAUCCUCGAGCUCCACAGCGCAAAGUGCAGUCGCAGGCCCUCUGAGCGGAUGGUCAGCAGCGAUCAAGGCCAACAUCUGCGUGCGCGGUACUCCCGCCACGUGCUCCAGUGUCAUGCUGCAGACCUUCCAGCCGACUUUCGACGCUGCCGCCGUGUCGGCUUUACGCAACGCAGGUGCAGACAUCAGCUGCAUCACCAACUGCGACGAGUUUGGCAUGGGCUCCAACAACGUGCACUCGAUUCACGGGCCAGUGCGCAAUCCCGCGUCUGCAACCGCUACGCAAGGACAAGUGUGGGAUCUCGAGGCAGAGAGGGUGGCUGGAGGGAGCUCCGGUGGAUCAGCAGCGGCGGUGAGAGCAGGACUGGCGAGGUUUGCGCUCGGAAGCGAUACGGGUGGCAGUGUCAGAUUGCCCGCAGCAUAUUGCGGCGUGGUGGGUCUCAAGCCGAGCUACGGAUUGGUCAGUCGGUGGGGGCUGGUAUCGUAUGCGGAUAGCCUGGACACCGUGGGUGUACUUUCUAAGACGGUCGAGGAUGCAGCAACCGUCUACGAUGUGCUCGCACAGCACGACGUGCGAGACCCGACAAGCGCCAGCACCGAAGCACGUGCAGCCGCCGCCGCCACCACGGACAGCCUGCUCAACUCGCUCGCAUCCCCAAGCUCAUCGCAGCCGCUCAAGGGGCUUCGUGUCGGAGUGCCGAAGGAGUACUUUCCCACCGAGUUGCACCCACGCGUGCUGCCGCCCUUCCGACGCGCAGUCGCCGCGCUGGAGCAGCUCGGGGCGCAAGUGGUGCAGAUCAGCCUGCCGACUACGCCGUCUGCUCUCAGUGCGUACUACAUCAUCUCCUGCGCCGAAGCCAGCAGCAACCUCGCGCGGUACGACGGCGUCGAGUACGGCUUCCACCAACCUCGUGCACCGGGCCAUCACGCAUACGCAGCCACACGCACGGCCGGCUUUGGCGACGAGGUGCGCAAGCGCAUUCUGCUCGGCACGUUUGCACUCACCGCCGAUGCAUUCGACAACUUCUUCCUCCAGGCGUCACGCAUUCGGGCUCAGGUGCAGCAGGACUUCGCCGCUGCAUUGCGGGUCCGUCACCCUUCCACCAGGGCAGAGGGCGGCGCGGUCGAGGGAGUCGAUGUGAUCGUCCACCCUUCCGCGGUGGACACGGCGCCGACACUGGCUUCGGCGCUGAGAGAGAGCGAGGGCACAGACGCAGCGGAGUAUGUGCAGGAUAUUCUGACGGUGCCGGCGAGCUUGGCGGGGCUGCCGGCGCUCUCGGUGCCCGCGGGUGUAGCGCAGGACGAUGGCUGGCCUGUCGGGGUGACGCUCGUGGCUCAAUGGGGGUGUGACAAGGCACUGCUGCACGUGGGCAAGCAGUUACAGUCGCAGCUCGAUGCAUAG